AUGCCACACUACCCGUUGCCGAUCAUGCCAAAGGAGAGCAAACAAUCGACGGUGAAUCGUACGGCGCCUGCUUCUGGUCCAUAUCCUGCUACUGCUGGGCCUGCGAGCUCAAGGAAUGCAGCAAUCUGGAGCACAUCGGACGACGAGAUUCUACUCCAGGCAAGAGCUUCCGGGUUGAACUGGCAGCCGAUCGCAAGUCGACACUUUCCCAACAAGACCGCAAAUGCUUGCCGGAAGCGCCAUGAACGUCUCGUGGAGCGGCGACAUAUCGAAGAUUGGGACACGCACAAGCUUGAGCUGCUGGCUCAGGAGUACAUGGCUUGCAGGAAGGAAAUGUGGGAGAUACUUGCUUCGCGACUAGGCGAGCGGUGGGGUGUUAUUGAAGCCAAGUGCAUGGAGAAGGGUCUUAAGACUCUGCUCACCGUCUCUCGCACGGCGGAUAGGAAAGCCCACGCCGACAGCCAACCAAUGGAGGAUCGAGGUAAUUCAGACCACAACAGCGAUUCUGGCAUCGGCUUUGGGUCCGACACUGAGAUGGAGGCCAUAGGGGAGGCCGGACCAUCGACCAAAUCAUCCUCGUGGCAUGCUCCAGAAGACCCAAUAAUACGUUCUCAACCACAGCAUUCCGAGCACUGCCGAUCACGAAGCCUGCCGAUGCCCUUGCCACUCUAUCAACCUCCCCCACCGAUCGUACCACGACGGAAUUUCGAAGGCACAGUGCUCRCCACUAGCCCCGAAGACAUGUCCUUUGAGAGAACAACUCCCCCUCGACGCUGUUCACCUGACUCGCAAAAUGGGCGAGGUGGCAUCAGCAUACAAUCCGUUCUGUCGAACUGA